AUGAUAGACAUUUUUGCUGCCCUACGUUACUCGGAGGAGCGGCAAGUGACCUUUGCGGUUUUUCAACUUGAAGGGGCUGCUCGCUCUUGGUGGAACAUUAUUCGGACAAAAUGGGAGCGAGAGCAGACACCAAGGACAUGGACGAAUUUUGUUAGGGAGUUCAACGCUAAGUACUUUCCACCGUUGGUUCAGGAGAAAAAGGAAGACGAAUUUAUUCGUCUACGCCAAGGCACGCAAUCGGUAGCCGAAUAUGAGAGCCAAUUCACACGCUUGUCCAAGUUUGCCCCUGAGCUCAUUUUGACCGAGCAAAGGAGAGCAAGACGUUUCCUUCAGGGGCUUAAUGUGGAAAUCCAAAAGGAUUUGGCCGUAGCCCAAAUCACCACUUUUAGUGAUGCUGUUGAGAAAGCAUUACGAUCCGAGAACGCAAGGCUUCAGGUGAGGAACUUCCAGAAUAGAAAGCGUGGAGCUACUGGAAGUAGCUCAACUCAAGGGGAUAAAAGUACCCCUCCUAAAUUUGGAAGGGGAGCUGGAGGGGGACGGUUUGCGAGUCCGGCCAGAGGGGCUCCCUCUCGAGGAAGCCAACCCGGACGAGGCCAGCAGAGGAGUACCUCACAGGGGAGUUCCGCUACUGUUGCGCGCGGGCCGUGUGGCUUUUGUGGGAAACCAAACCACACGGAGGACGACUGCUGGAGGAAACAGAACAAGUGCUUACGCUACGGGAGUGCAGAGCACCGGCUCGCCAGUUGUCCAGUCCAAGCCCGAGACGUGAAAGGAACUACACCGACAUCCAAGGCUACCUCAAGUCAAUCACGGGUAGAAAGUGUCAAGCCGAAGGUGCCCGCACGUGUAUACUCCAUCGAACAACGUCCAGUUCCUGACUCAGCCGAGGUAGUGGAAGAAGAUGUUCCGGUAGUGAGUGAAUACCCUGAUGUUUUUCCUGAUGAGUUAGUAAAUCUGCCUCCAGAAAGAGAAAUUGAGUUUGAAGUUAACCUUUGUCCAGGGGCUUCCCCUAUUUCCAAAACUCCUUACCAAAUGGCACCUGCGGAACUCAAAGAGCUGAAAUUACAAUUGCAAGACCUUCUAGAGCGAGGGUUUAUCCACGAGAGUGGAUCACCUUGGGGGGCACCUGUCCUCUUUGUUAAAAAGAAGGAGGGGACCUUGAGGCUAUGUAUCGAUUACCGAGGGUUGAACAACGUGACCAUUAAGAACAAGUACCCCCUACCUCACAUCGAUGAGCUAUUUGAUCAAUUACAGGGUGCGGUGGUCUUUUCAAAGUUAGAUCUUCGACAGGGGUAUUACCAACUGUUAAUUAAAAAGGAAGAUGUGCCUAAAACCGCCUUCAAUUCUCGGUAUGGGCACUACGAAUUUGCCGUGAUGCCUUUUGGACUGACCAAUGCCCCUGCUGCUUUCAUGGACCUCAUGCAUCGAAUUUUCAAACCUUAUUGUUAUUCUUGGUUUUGA